AUUGUUAUAAGAGGUUUCAAAAUACAAAGUGAAAAACAAGAACCAAACGAACUGGACAGAUGUCACUGUAGCCACUUUACAAGUUCAACUCAACCUCAAAUCAUCUACAUUUGGCAACCUCAACUCACAACCCUCAGCCACCUCACACCUCCCCCAUGCAACAUGCAUGUCCACGUGGAAGCCUCACAACACACCACGUAUUCCCAUUCCUUUAUCAAUUCUCUCUCCUUGGAAUCCUUCUGAUCACAUAUGUGAAAGUAUUUACAACCAGAGAGUCUACACUUGCACUGAUCAUAGUCACAGAGAAAGAGAGAUAGUACGAACGACGUCGUUUGAGAUGGCUUCAAGUGACAAGACACCGACUCCGAACCCGGCCUUCCAGGGCGACCAUCCGACGCCGCCGGGAAAGCCGAUGACGAUGGGGCAACACGUGUUGGACAAAGGAGCGGAGAUGAUGCAGUCCCUGAAGCCGGUGAACCAGAUGAGCCAGCACGUGUGCACCUUCGCCCUCUACAGCCACGACAUGACACGUCAGAUCGAGACCCACCACUACGUCACCCGCCUCAACCAGGACUUCCUCCAGUGCGCCGUCUACGACUCCGACGACUCCCACGCCCGACUCAUCGGUGUGGAGUAUGUGGUGUCUGAUAGGAUAUUUGAGACUCUGCCUCCGGAUGAGCAAAAGCUGUGGCAUUCCCAUGCUUAUGAGAUCAAAGCAGGCCUCUGGGUCAACCCUCGGAUCCCCGAUAUAAUUGGCCAGCCUGAGCUCAAUAAUUUGACCAAAACUUAUGGCAAAUUCUGGUGCACAUGGCAGGUUGAUCGAGGUGAUCGGCUUCCACUGGGGGCGCCGGCGCUGAUGAUGUCGCCCCAAGCGGUGAACUUGGGGAUGGUGAAGCCGGAGCUGGUGCAGAAGAGGGAUGACAAGUACAACAUAUCAACGGAUGCUUUGAGGGUGUCGAGGGUGGAGAUAGCCGAGCCGGAGUGGAGUAAUCCGCAGGCGGAUUACUGGAAGCAGCAUGGCAAGGGUUUCGUCGUUGACGUCAAGCAUUUGAGCAAGAUUAGGAACAUUAAUUACUUUGUGGAUAUCCAAGCACCUAUUUUGAGCAAGAUUAGGAACAUCUAUUUUGUCAUUUAUUAUCGAAGUGAAUUGACUGCUUCUUUCACUUCAGUUUGAUAAAUGCUUCAAGAAAAAAAGCUACGCUUCUGCCCAGACGCUUGUCUUUGGACUUCAGUGUGGUGUGCUUAUAUAUAUUACCUCUAUCUCUUCCUCUCUCUCAAUUCCUGUUUAUGCUAGCUAUAAUCAGAAAUGGGAGGAAAGAAAAAAAACAAAUCAAGCGCCACCACUGCCAAUACAUCAGAAACCGGAGGAGGAAUGCAAACAAA